CCUUACCUGCAGCGAUGGAGUUCUCCUUAGCGCGGGAAAUCUCAAAAAGCCCGCGAAUCCUCCAAGUUGCAACACCUGUUCUUGGUUCUCUGCUCUGCGACGAUGGUGCUCUCCUCAAACCCCGGGCCCCUCAUGAUUUUGGGGCUGCUUCUGGUGGUCCACUACUCCCCCGUAGCGAUGACGGCUACGCCAGCUGUUAAGAAUUCAGUCAAAGUGGCUGAUAAAAUUUCGAAGUCUUCCUCUUUGCUCAAAAUUCUUUAUCCACAAGGGGCAGGCGAGUCAGGAAUGCCUGAAUGCGAACGAUGGUCAGUGUGCAGUCGGGUGGACACAUACUCUCGCCCUUGGGUGGAACGCCUGUGCACCUGCAAAAAUGGACAGCUCUGUUCUACUUCCUUGCAUCCCGACGAUGGACAUACAGUUGUCGACAGGACACGGCAAUAUAAGGUGUGUGAAAAAGUCGACACCCUUCCGACUUGCCGCUUCUUCAAGGACAUCACGUGGACCCACAUAACGAGCGCGGACAACAAAUUCCAGCAGCGAGUUCACUGCAAGUGUCCUGAAAACAGCACCACCUAUAUUUCAGGGCACGAUGUCAAGACGACUUCUCAGGGAGUUCUCUACUACUACCACUUUUCCUGUUCUCCGGAAAGUGGAAUGCGAUGCCGACGAAAAGAGCCGUGCCGCCUGUUUACCGUGCGCAAACGAUAUCCAGUAGAGGAAGUGACAACCAGCACUCUGUGCAGGUGUCCACCGAAAACGACUUGCCCAUCUCAUCACACGGAUCCUUUUGUGCUAUCCGAUUUUGAUCCUAACCGUCCGAAGGACGGCACAAGGACAUACAGUGGAUUCUGUGGAACCAGUGAAUUAUGAAAACUUUGGAAAGCAACGAGUGUAAAUAUAUGAGUGACAUUUGUACAAAUACAGUCUCUUUGACGUCAUCCAACGAUUGCAAAGUUUUUUAUUCAAUCGGAAUUUUAGAAACAUUCUUUUUGGAUCAUCCAAUAAUUGCAAAAUUGUUUUGUCUUCAACUAGAAUUUUUGAUAGCGCCCACGCUCUCAUUAAUAAUUUGCAAAGUUAUUAUUUUUUUUAACUCAGCCAGAAUUUUAGAAAGUUACAAAAAUUGAGUAGCAUUUUUUACUAAAAAGAUUCGAAUAAUGCCAAUUACUUUUUUUAAUGUAAAAAGUAAUUGGCGCUAUUCAAAUCUGAAAACCGAAAUUACUAAAACUUUUAAACACACACACACACACACACACACACACACACACACACACACACACACACACACACACACACACACACACACACACACACACACACACACACACACACACACACACACACACACACACACACACACACACAAAUCUUUAA